AUGUCAAGGACACCACAAAAAUAGUUCUCAUCAUCGAUAUCAAUGAAUGUUACAAAAGGGACAUCUCUUAGUGCUUAGAAAACCAAUCAUUUAUCAUAACUUUACAAUUCUUCAGCUGGUCUUAAUGCAAACCUUGGAGGUUUAUUGUAAAAUGCAAGAAGUGGAAAAUUCAAAAGAGCUGAAGAGGGUUUAGAGGGAUUACCAAUGGAUGCAAAGCCUGCACAGGAGAGUGAUUACGAGAAUGCUGAUUCUUGCUUUUCUUGCGAAAAAGAACUAGCAAAGAGUCUUGGACUGAUGAGGAAGAAAGGUAGACAUCAUUGUAGAAGGUGCGCAAGAACAGUCUGCAAUAACUGCUGGAAAAACGAACGUCGAAUUUCAUAAAACGAUAAAAAGACCUAUAAGGUCUGUGAUCAAUGUGAUUUUGAGCUUUCUAAUUACCAGUUAUUGGCUGUGCUCGACUAGAUCCAAUUCAAGGAAAAGACCAUGCAAAGUGUCUUAGAAAAGAAAAAUGAGGUUUUAGAUGAAGAGAUUCAAACAUCCAAAGCUUAAAGAAUCCAAUUGCAAAAAGAUCUGGAAUAGAAACAGGAUGAGUUUGAAUAGAUGCAGAAUAAAACUAAAAUAAAGUUGCAAACUCUCAAUCAUCAAUAUGAGAGAUAGAACAGCGAAUUAUAAAUGCUAAGUGAUAAGUAAAAAUAAGAAUAUAACAAGAGAUAGGGAUUAUAAUAAGAACUAAGUAAUUUGAACAUUAAGGAAUAAGAUAUGCAAUUUAAUCUAUAGUAAAUCGAUCAAAGUGAAUAAUCUGUUUUAAGGGAUCAAAGACAUUUGAUAUAAUAAAUGUAAAUAGAGCUGCCUGAGGAAGUUUUCAAGUAAUUGUAAGAAGAAUUUGAAGAGAUCAAGCUACUUACUGAUUCUUAAAUUCUAGAAAAAUCAGAUUUCUUGCUUUAUAUGAAUAGUGAAAUAUAGAAUAAAUCUCAAGAAAAAGAUAAAAAGUUAGGCUUAGCUGGUAAGAAAAAAAAGAAAUGA